UGCUGGUAUGCAAUUGCACCACAAAGUGGACAGAUUGCGUGCGAUGUGCCACACCUUGAUUCAACCUUAAUAUAUCACCCACCGAUCGGGCGACUACUAUCUAAAAUGGCUUUGUCGUCAUUCGCUUCUCUAGCUGCUCUAUUCUGUAUUCAGGCUUCGUUAUCCCUGGCUAGUAGCAGCAGCCACAAUGGACACCAUCAUAGCGGCCACCACCUCCAGUCCAGGGCUGAGAACAUUUGUGCGGCAAAUGUUCCAAACAUCGUGAAUGACACAGCAGAGUACUGGCCAUACCAGACAUUCCAGUCAUUCAACGCCACCCCACCACAACUAAACAUCACCAGCAACGGAAAAGAUCUUGCCGAUGGGUUGUUAUUCUUUGGACCGGACCUCCUGAGCGGUGAUGGUCAGCCCAAGGAGUUAGCAAGCUUCAUCAUGACUGACUCUGGAGAACUGGUCUGGGCAAGCCCAUCUGCAAAUGAUACAACGAAUUUACAUACGCAAGUCUUCGAUGGAAAGCGUGUCAUCACAUACUACACGCCAGAUGGUCCUCAGAGCAUCUCCGGUCUUCACUGGGGUAGAGUUCAUAUCCUAGACAAUACUUAUACCGAAAUUCAUACCGUCUGUCCCAAGUUGGGCCUUAGCAAGGGCAAAGGGGUUACUGCCGAAUGUGAUGCUGAUCUCCACGAACACUACAUUACUCCUGAGAACACUAUGUUUGUCACUGCAUACAACGUGACUAAAAUUGAUAUGACAUCUCUUGGUGGAACAAAGGACGACUGGGUUACCGACGCUCUAGUAGUUGAAGUUGACAUCAAGUCAGGUGACAUCCUCAUGGUCUGGAGUGCCCUCGAGCAUAUUCCUAUUAACCAAACCCAUGCGGCUGUUCCAAAGAAUGGCGUCGAGAGAACUUCCGCGAUUGAUCUGUAUCACAUUAACUCUAUCCAAUCAUGGGGUGAUUACAUCUUGGUCAAUAGCCGACAUUGUUGGUCUACAUAUCUCAUCAACCGUAAGACUGGUGACAUAGAAUGGACCAUCGAUGGUGAAACUGGCGGUGAUUUCGGACCCCUCCCAGCAAAUGGGACCUUUAAAUGGCAACAUCACGCUCGUAUCAAAAAUAUCUCAGAAACAGAGGUAGUCCUAACAUACUUUAACAACGACAGCAAUAAGCCAACUACCGAAACUUUCUCCACAGGUCUCGCUUUGAAAUUGACUCUACCUCCAAACCCAAAAACUCCAAUUAAGCUACUGGCUGAAGUCUAUGAUGUGAAUGACGAAAUAAACGCCGGCGCCGAAGGAAGUAUGUCUACGCUAUACAAUGGAAAUUACUUCAUGGGCUAUGGGUUUAAAGCAAUAAUGAAGGAAUACGGUUCUGACGCAGCCCACGGCCAGGAUGUCCGCUGGAGCGCCCAGUUCGCCACUCUCGGUGCUGGUCAUAGUUAUCGCGCUUUCAAGCAGGAGUGGCACGGUCUCCCCGCUACCUCGCCGAGCUUAGUCGUUUCUCGUCAGGCUGUGCCAGAUGAAUUGUCCUCGUGUAUUGACUCGUCGAGUACUAUGCUUGGGUACGUAAGCUGGAACGGCGCAACAGACGUCUCUUCGUACUCGCUCUACGGCGGAUCCUCCAAGGACGAUAUGAAGCUUUUGGGUUCAAUUAAGAAGAUGGGAUUUGAAACCGUUUUUCCUAUUACGGAACGUGUUCCUGUUGUAAUGGUCAGUGCCGGAGAUGCUUCGUCCGAUAACGUGCGAAAUUCGACUGUUGUAAAGGUUGAUUGGAACAUUUGA